CGCGUCAUUGUGACGCGUCUCCCAACAUUACCUCUCGGUCAUUGGAGAGGAAAACCUUAGACUCAAACUGCAUGUUCUAAUCUAUUUUUUAAGGAGAAUGGCAGCAUUGUGACGGUGCUUCCUGAACUGAAGCCCCAGUGAGGCUCAAGAUUCAGCAACGUCUUCAAGUAACCUCAGGCAGAGCAAGAGGCAGACAGGUAAUCUCACACAAUGGAUGUCUUGGUUGACUCUGCAAAGUGGCUAUUGGAGGAGGCAGUGAAAGACCUACAGCAAGUGAAGGAUGUGUUGUGCGUCAUUGGGGUCGUGUACGUAGGGAAGGUGACACUAACGGUGGUCUGCAAUCUGGCUUCAGUGCUGAGGGUGCAUGUCUGGUCCAAGCUGGUGUCCAGGAACCUGGUCAGAGAAUACGGCGGCAAAUGGGCAGUUGUGACAGGUUCUUCUGAUGGCAUAGGCAAAGGAUAUGCCGCUGCCCUUGCCAAGAAGGGCAUGAAUGUUAUGCUGAUCUCCCGCACCCAAGAGAAGUUGGAGAAGGUUGCUCAAGAUAUACGUGGCCAGUAUGGAGUCCAAACAGAGAUUAUGCAAGUGGAUUUUGCUCUUGGCCAACCAAUAUAUGACGAUAUUGGUAAACGCCUUGCAGGCAAGGACAUUGGAAUUUUAGUCAACAAUGUCGGACUGGUUGGUUCUCUCCCGUCUUUCUUCAAGGAUUUGCCUCAAGAGGAUAUCUGGGCAAUUCUUAAUGUAAAUUCAGCAGCUGCAGCUUCUAUGACAAAAUUAGUGCUACCUGGCAUGUUAGCACGCAAGAAGGGUGCCAUCAUCAACAUUAGCUCAGUUGCAGGAUGCAUGUCCCUGCCACUUUUUCAGAUGUAUUGUGCAAGUAAGGCAUUCAUAGACCACUUUUCUGAAGCAUUGGAUUAUGAGUGUCGGUCAUCUGGUAUAACUGUGCAGAAUAUCACACCUUGUGCAGUCUCAACCAACAUGACUAAGUUUGAUCCACUAAUACAUAAACAAGGUUUCUUCACUCCGAGUCAAUCCAAGUUUGCUUCUCAUGCUCUCUCUACGCUGGGUUAUGCUCGUAAUACCACUGGAUACUGGACCCAUGGAAUUCAGUUAUGGCUCACUCAGGCAAUGCCAUCGUGGCUGAUGGUCAACGCAUACAUGUGGAGGUACAAGUCUUUUACAAAGAAAUCAAAUUGAAUGUUUUUUGUCUUUAAAUUUACAUGGCAGUAAAUCACUUGUAAAAAUAUAAAAUUCACUGGAUCUAUGUGGAUUAAACUGUUAAAGAGGACUGAAAAUAUUUGAAAUACUCCUUGUUGAAUAAUUCUAAGUCGUUUAUUUUGUUGUCGAUUCAUCCAUUAUCUAUGUGUAUCAUUUGGAAAAUAUCUUUUGCAAUAUAAUUGCAUGCUAACCAUUGAAGGUUUUACUAGUUAUCAAUUGAUAUAAAUGAAAAAUAUGACAUUUUCACUGUUUAUUAAUAAAGGGGUCUACAAGCAAAAAA